GGUGAAAGGUCGGCGGCGGAGGCGCUGUGGCCCGGGCAGUGGAGCGGGCCGGCGGCGAAGUGACAGGCGCUUUGACGAACGGAUGAACCAUGGCAGACCAGGUGAAGCCCAUCAGCCCGCUCAAGAAUCUGCUGGCCGGCGGCUUUGGUGGCAUGUGCCUGGUGUUCGUGGGGCACCCGCUGGACACGGUCAAGGUCCGACUGCAGACACAGCCCCCAAGUUUGCCUGGACAGCCGCCCAUGUAUUCUGGGACCUUUGACUGUUUCCGGAAGACACUUAUUAGAGAGGGCAUCACAGGGCUAUAUCGGGGCAUGGCUGCCCCCAUCAUUGGGGUCACCCCCAUGUUUGCUGUGUGCUUCUUUGGGUUUGGUUUGGGGAAGAAACUGCAACAGAAAUGCCCAGAGGAUGUGCUCAGCUACCCCCAACUAUUUGCAGCUGGGAUGUUAUCUGGUGUAUUCACCACGGGAAUUAUGACCCCUGGAGAACGGAUCAAGUGCUUGUUACAGAUUCAGGCUUCCUCAGGGGAUACCAAGUACACUGGUCCCUUGGACUGUGCAAAGAAGGUGUACCAGGAGUCUGGGAUUCGAGGCAUCUAUAAGGGGACUGUGCUCACCCUCAUGCGAGAUGUUCCAGCCAGUGGGAUGUAUUUCAUGACAUAUGAGUGGCUGAAAAAUAUCUUCACUCCAGAGGGAAAGAGUGUCAAUGAGCUUAGCGUGCCUCGGAUCCUGGUGGCUGGGGGCAUCGCAGGGAUCUUCAACUGGGCUGUGGCAAUCCCCCCAGAUGUGCUCAAGUCUCGCUUCCAGACUGCACCUCCUGGGAAAUAUCCUAACGGUUUCAAAGAUGUGCUGAGGGAGCUGAUCCGGGACGAAGGAGUCACAUCCUUGUACAAGGGUUUCAAUGCAGUGAUGAUCCGAGCCUUCCCAGCCAACGCGGCUUGUUUCCUUGGCUUUGAAGUUGCCAUGAAGUUCCUUAAUUGGGCCACCCCUAACUUGUGAGGCUGAAGGCUGCUCAAGGUUUCUGAAUGCUGGAAGCUGUCACCGAGGAGGAGCACUGGGCAGAACUAGGCCAUCCUGAAGGGGGAGGGGAGGGGGAUUGUGGGAUCAGAGCUCUGUGUGUGGACUUGUUGAGACCGUUGCCUUAAUGACGUCUUCUACCUGGUAGAGCUUGGUGUGCAAUUUUGAAACUUGAAUUCAGUCUUGUCAAUUUAAGGGAUCUCAAGAGGAUUUGGAGAUGGAGUAAGUAGCUUCUAGACCAGGUACAAUCUGUGGCCAGAGUGCUGUCUACUGAUUGACUACUGGACCUACUACACGCAAAGUACUCCUCAUCGAAGAAGGACUCUCAGCCUCUCACUGGAGGCGCUAUGCAUGUUUUCAGCCAGCUGACCGGGAGCUGGGGUCUUCUUCAAUCCCUAGCCAGGAAGACCCACCAGAUUUCCAGGGUACUAUCUAAUCUGGGCCUGCACAUGAGGACGUGGACUUGAGGCCCACAUCUGUCUAUCCAAGUGGACUAAGCAAAUGUGCCUGGGGCAGAUACCCUGUUAUAGUCGGGUUGAUUUUUCUUUAUGCAUGCAAGUAAUCAAAAUUGAAACUAGAGUAGCUUAAUUUCACAGGAGUAGAUGGAGAACUUUCCCUCCUACGUAGCGAGGAGAGUUUUGAAUCGACUGUGCCAGCCUGUUGGGAUAAGUCAGAAAGCCCAGGGUGUAGGAAGGCUCUUUUUGCACACUCUUUAUUCUCAUGAGAGUCCCCUAUUUUGAUAGGAAACAAUAAAUAUUGUCUCUCAUUUUUUCA